AUGACUGUGACUAUAAUCGACUAUGACUAUGACUAUGACUAUGGCUAUGGCCAUGGCUAUGACUAUGACUAUGACUAUGACUAUGAUUGGUUGACCUUCCUGAUCGGAUCGGAAGAGCCGAUUAUGGGAAUCCUUGCAGAAGUGAACAAACAGGAGGGAGCGCACGUGUCGAUAGAACAGUUCCUGGACGUUUGGCUUGAGACUUGGGACGCGUGCUUGACGCUCGAGCGCCGAAGGAUCAACUGCCUGGGUCUCGCCCGGCUUCUCGGCUGUGGCUCGCCUCCUUUCGCGCAGAGGGUCUCAGUGAUCCUCAACUUCUUCGUCGACUUUAAUGGAGAGGAGCUCGUCGAGGAUGACAAAACCUCCUCCUCAAGCUCCUCUCCUGUUCAGCGCUGUCGCAAGCAGCUAUGGAAAAGUUGCUAUGCACAGGCGGGAGGGCUUGCUGCCUUCUUUCGUAGCAUGAUGGAGCAGGGGAGGAUGAGCGCCCUGAGUAAGUACGGGGAGGAGGGGAGAGCAUUCUUUGACCAGAACCUCAACUUGAUUGACCCGCAACUGAUGUUGCAACUAGCAUAG